AUGGCUGCUUCUGGCGCUAAAGUGCCGCAAGUAUCUCCAGUGGAAACCCCCGAGGAAUACAUCCAGGGACCGAGAUUGUACGCGAUUAUCGUACUGCUAUGUUUGUCUCUAUUCUUGACCAAUCUUGAGAUCCCGAUCGUGUCCACGGCUUUAGUGAGCAUUACCGAAGAGCUGCAGGGCAUGGACAAAGUAUACUGGAUCACGACAGCCUAUAUGCUUGGAUAUGUCGGCCUCCUCAUCAUCUCGGCCAAGUUCAGCGACAUUUUCGGUCGGAAAUCGAGCCUCUUGGUGUUUCUAUCGAUCUUUGUGGUGUUUUCGGGGGCGACGGGGGGCUCGCAAACCAUGGAACAGCUAAUCAUUUUCCGGUCCUUUCAAGGGGUUGGUGGCGCCGGCACCUAUUCACUCUGUACGGUGAUCCUCUUGGAACUGAUUCCGCCCGCCAAAUACGCCAAAUACACCAGCUGGAUCUCAGUGAUCUACGCAUUUUCUCUGCUACUAGGGCCUUUACUUGGAGGGGCCAUCUCGGAAUCAUCAUCCUGGCGCUGGAUAUUUCUCCUCAAUGUCCCUCCUGCUGGACUGGGUAUUGCGCUUCUUGCAUUGGCCCUGCCCAACCGGUUUCCGCAUCAUAACAGCCCACGACAGGCUAGAGAAACGUUCUCGUUGUGGGCGUCUCUGAGUCAGACCAUCCGCAGGGUUGAUAUCCUGGGCUCGACUAUGCUACUCGUGGCCACCAUUCUUCUAGUCACGGCGCUGGAAGAAGGCAACCAACAGUAUGCCUGGCGAUCGGCCUUUACCAUUGUACUCCUGACCGUUUCGGGGGCAACAUGGAUCCUGUUUUUGUUGUGGGAAAGACGUGUAACGCUCGGCUCGAGGGCGAUUGAGCCUGUGUUCCCCUGGAGAUUUGCCGGGAGAAACUCCGUCUGCCUGGGGGCUGUGUGGUUUAGCACCAUGUUCCAAUUGCCGCAGCGCUUUCAGAUCGUCAAUCAGCUGUCCCCCUUUCAAGCAGCCAUCCGAUUUAUCCCCUACACGGUCGCAGCGCCACUGGGGUCGGUUCUGGGACCUACGAUUGGAAAGGUCUUCCGGGUGCCCCUGCUAUACCUUGUUCUCGUUGCAUCACUGAUCCAAGUAGCCAGCUAUGUGUUGCUAGGAACCCUGCCCGACUCCUUGUCCAUCACCGCCGCCCAGUACGGUUAUCAGGUUUUGGCCGGAUUCGGGUGCGGCGUCAACAUCACCCUUCUCAUUCUGAUGACCCCAUUCACGAUCGAGAAACGCGAUAAUGCGGUUGGAAUGGGUGCCAUCGCCCAGUUUCGCGUCAUGGGGGGUUGCAUCGGGAUUGCUAUCCUGACAGCUGUGGCCAAUGGCUACAUUCACUCCCAUCUGCAGCAUGCCCUGGCUGCUGACCAGUGGCAGACCAUCAGCCACUCUGCCGCGCUGAUCUGGACCUUGUCACCCGCAGCCCAGACCUUGGUGCGGGUGACUUAUUCCGCCAGUUACAACUUGCAGAUGCAGAUCCUGGCGGGAUUUGCGGGAGGGCAAGUGCUUGCCUCGUUGCUUAUGUGGCAGAAGAAGCAAAUCAUUGUGUGACCGUAAAGUCAGCGCCGGGGAGUGGGGGGGAUGCAUGUAGGGUAUCGAGUACGUUUCC